AAAAAGCAACACAUAUAACAUAUCAAGGUGGGAAAUGUUUCUUAAAUGAAGGAAAAAUAUGUUAUUUCACCGAAAGAACAGAGGGACAGAGAAAAUGAGGAUAAUUCAGAUUUUUCACCUAACCUGGGUUCAUGGAGGCAGACUGGACAGUGCUCAGAAGUCCCUCAACAGCAAAGUCAUGCAAUGUCUGACUUCCAUGUGUCACUGGUGGAACCUCCAACAGACACAAUCACCUUCCCAGAGGUCUUGGGAAGUGCUGUAAUGCCGUGAAAUGCUCUAAUUUAGAACCCAGGUUUGCCUCCUCAUGUAUUUCCUUACAGUAGGAUUCACAGCCACAUUCAAUUUAAUCCGUGUUCAGUGUAACAGGAGCAUUGGGAACUCUAAGAUUUUAUUUCUUAGCUGAGAAAUACAGAAGCUGCAUCAGUCUCCCCCUGCUGAUGAAGGUAAAUAAGUAUAUUGUGUUUGUAUAAAUACUUUUCUGUUCACAUACUGGGGUACUUCUAAUGCUUCUGUCUAUCUUUACUCCUGUGAUUCAAGAGGCAAACUGGAAUUUAUUGUCACACCUCCUCAUAUUUCUUUCACAAGACGUUCCUGCCAAGCAACCCCGUCCUAUACCCUUAAUCUCUUCUGCCACAUGAUUUCUGGUCAUGCCCAUAUCUCUGCUUUUCCGUCUUAACUCCUAAGCUGGUUUUCUGAGAGGAACGAAGAAUGAGAUGGUGAAUUCAGGCAGGUGUUUGACCAGGCAGAUAUCUACAGAGCUUUGUAAAAGGUUGUGUCUGGAAUAAUUGCUGGUGCAGUCCUGGAGGAUGCCAGCUUCAACCCCAGCUGCAGACAGAAGGCAAAGAGCCUCUGCAGCGUUUUCUCUCAGUUUUCUCUCUUUAGUCUUCUCUGUUACAGCAUUCAGCAGCAGCCACUGGUGCGAAGGGACGAGAAAAGUGGCCAAACCUUUCUGCAAAGGGCAGAGCAGUGGGGAUCACUGUAUCCGCUUUAACAGCCCGGACGCCAACAACAGCAACGCCGUGCAGUACAUCUGGGAGACGGGAGACGAUAAGUUCGUCGAGCGAAAGUUUCAUGCUGGGAUUUGGUAUUCCUGUGAAGAAAUUGUAGAUGAAGAUGAUGAGAAAUGCAGAAGCUUCAUCAGUCUGACACCAGCCACUGAUCAAGGGGUUUUAUGGCUUUCUAUUGUCGCAGAGCUUCUGUACAUCAUUUUACUUCUGAUUGGAGCCAUUCUUAUGUCAGUAGAAAUGUGCUACUACAGUACUGUCAUUGAUGGGCUCAAGAUCAAAGCCUUUUCUGCCGUAGUCACCGUAUUAGCAGGUCUUCUGGGCAUGGUUGCUCACAUGAUGUACACAACUGUAUUUCAAAUGACUGUAAAUCUUGGUCCUGAAGACUGGAGACCUCACACAUGGGAUUAUGGCUGGUCCUAUGGCCUCGCAUGGGCUUCCUUCACUUGCUGUAUGGCUGCAGCCGUCACCACCAUUAACAAAUACACAAAAACUAUUUUGGAAUUCAAGCACAAAAGAAAAAUGCUGGAAAGGAGUCUAAAGAUUAAAUACAUGUUUCCUGAUCAUACAGCUCCAGAGAAAGCUUGCAAUGUAUACGUGAACUCUUUUCACAACAGUACAGAGGACCCUGCACACCCAAUCAAAGGCUUGCGUCGCCUGGCCACUAUUUCAGUGCUGUAAAUUUGAACCGUAUCUCAAGGUAUUCUUUAAAGUAUAAUAUUAGAUCAGAAUGAAACAGUAUUCAUCAAUUAAAAAAUGUAUAUUUGUGUAACAGUAGUAUUUUUCUUAAUAAAGAAACUAUAUUUCCACGGAUGCUUUAAAGAAGUCUUAGUAUUGGAAAAGCAUAUUCAGUUACGUCAGUUCAGGAAAAGGGAGUGACACAGGCCCUCACUGCUCUGACUUUUAAGCAGUUGCUGAUGCUAAUAUAAAAAAAGUGAGUUUGUUAGCAUUUCAGAGCAUUUUGGUGGAUUAUUGCCACCCUAAUUCUUUACUGAAAAGACUGUAAAAAACCCCACCUGGUAGGAGCAUGGACCAAGGACCUGAGGCGCCUUCCCACCUGAGUUAUCUUAUGACCCUUCCUCUGCUGCCUCUGCAAAACUGAAUCUAAUAUUUGGAGAUGUUUGGAACCUCUUUGGAACCUCUUGGAACCUUAUUUAUAAAAGCUAGCAUUAUUAAAGAAGCCACCUAGAUUAAAAUGCCUCAUAGAAAAUAUCUCUUAAUGAACUCAUCUCAUAAUAUUUCUUUUUUAUCAUAAUGUUUUUUAUAUGCAACAUAUACCUACAGGUAUUUAGGCAGUGAGGAAGAGGUGGACGAAUGAAAUGGAAAACUUCAGAUUAAAUAACAGAUUUCCCUGGAGAAAAAGAAGUAUUACUUCAGAAAUACCAGUGGAGAAACCUUAUUCUCAAUAGGAGAAAAAAAACCAGAAUAUAGAAAAGUGUGACCCAUUUAAAAGGUCACCUAAUCCUUCUUUUCCUCCAGGCAGGAUAAACUAAAGCUACAUUGCUUUUUUUACAGAUGUUUCAUUAAUCUCUUCUUUAAAGCUUCCAAAGACAGGCAUCUAAAAUUUCUGUCACAAUUUAUCCUUCGUACUUAACUAUUCUUAGCAGAAAACACUUUCCCUGUAAAUCUCUAAAAUCAAUUCUGGAGUCCUCAGCACAGGAAGGACAUGGCUCUGUGGGAGCGAGUCCAGAGGAGGCCACGGAGAUGAUCCAAGGGCUGGGGCACCUCCUGUAUGAGUACAGGCUGGGAGAGUUGGGGUUGUUUAGCCUGGAGAAGAGAAGGCUCCAGGGAGACCUUAGAGCAGCUUCCAAGACAGAAGGAGGCUCCAGGAAAUCUGAGGAGGGGCUCUUGAUCACAGAGUGCAGGGAGAGGAUAAGGGAGGACGGUUUUAAGCUGCAAGAGGGGAGGUUGAAAUGAGGUCUUGGGAAGAAAUUUUUCUCCUGUGAGGGUGGGGAGGCCCUGGCCCAGGUUGCCCAUAGAAGUGGUGGCUGCCCCAUCCCUGGAGGGGUUCAAGGCCAGGUUGGAUGGGGCUUGGAGCCCCUGACCCAGUGGGAGGUGUCCCUGCCCAUGGCAGGGGAUGGGACUGGAUGGGCUUUGAGGUCCCUUCCAACCCAAAUCAUUCCACAAUUCUGUGAUUUCUAUGUAGAUUACCUAUCCAAGCACUAUAUCCCAGACCUAUGGUCUAUCCUAGGCCAUCCUGACACUAUGAUCUCCUUUGCAGUAACUGUCCUGCUGUGGCAGAAAUGGGGAACAGUUUAGUUCUGUCCUCUUGGCAGCACUUUUUAGGUGUUUGAAAAUUGUUUAGUUAGAACUUUAUUCUACUUUCUAGAUUAAAAUACAUUUGUUCUUUAAAAAUUUCUUAGUAGAUCACAGAUGUUAUUUUAUCUAUCAUUCUCACAAUUUUUAUUGUGGUUUCUCAAUCUGUUCCACAUUUUUCAAGUACAAUAGUCAAACCCGAUGAAGACUUUUUGCUGAUAUCUAGGAAGUGAAAAAUUAUCAGAAGGAUUAAUCAGCUUAUU